GCUCCCACCACCACCGCAAGCGGGGCAGAUAGCUUCGACGAAAUGCCGCCAUGGCCGCCGUGUCUCCAGCCCACCCUCUCCACCGCUCGCCGCGCCACCGCCUUCUCCUUCUCCAGGAGCAGGAGGAGCCGCCUCUCCUCCUCCUCUUCUAUCCCCGCCUCCGUCUGCGCAUCCCCGGGCGACCACACCCACGAGCAGCAGAGGGACAACGAGGAGCAGUCGUUGGUCGUGGUGGGCGGCGGCGCGGCGGGGGUCUACGCCUCCAUAAGGGCCAAGACCCUGGCGCCCCGCCUCAACGUCGUCGUCGUCGAGAAAGGGAGGUUCUUGUCCAAGGUCAAGGUCUCCGGCGGUGGCCGAUGCAACGUCACCAAUGGCCAUCACCUUGAGCCCAUGGGACUGUCGAGAAAUUAUCCUAGGGGGGACAAGGAGCUGCGAGGAUCGUUCUUCACCGCUCAUGGCCCGCAGGACACCAUGCGCUGGUUCACAGACCAUGGUGUGGAGCUCAAGACGGAAGAUGAUGGCAGAGUCUUUCCUGUCACUGACAAUUCAGCUUCAGUAGUAGACUGUCUGCUGAACGAAGCCAGAAGACUUGGAGUUUCUCUGCAGGCCGGCAAAGCUGUGCCUAGUGUAUCUGUGACUCAGCAUGGAAAGUUUGUCCUCAAGGUUGAGAAGCGUACUGCUGAUCUUGUUGAUUACCUCAACGCUAACUAUGUUUUGGUUGCGACAGGGAGCAGCCAACAGGGCUAUUCAAUUGCUGCACAACUUGGUCACUCCAUUAUUUCACCAGUGCCCAGCUUAUUCACAUUUAAGGUUGCAGACAAGCGACUGGCUGAUCUUGCUGGGGUUACAUUUCCAGUAGUCAAAGCAAAAUUGAAGCUAGAUGGCGUACAAAAGAGUGCUCCGGAAUUAACUCAGACUGGCCCUAUGCUAGUUACACACUGGGGCCUUAGUGGGCCUAUUGUUCUUCGAUUGUCUGCAUGGGGAGCACGUGAACUACAUCAAUGCAACUACCAAGGAAAGCUUAUGGUUGACUUCGUACCUGACAUUCAUAUUGAGGACAUGAGGCGCAUCCUAUUCCACUACAAAGAUCAGCAUGCGAAGCAUAAAGUAAAUAACACCUUUCCCAUGGAGUUUGGCCUGGUGAAGAGAUUUUGGAGAUUCCUGCUAGAACAGGAGAAUUUAGAUGGUGAUAUGCACUGGGCCUCCAUGCCAAAUAAUCAUCUAAACGCAAUAGCCCUUCGGUUGAAACAAUGGAUAUUUGAGGUUGUUGGGAAGGGCCAAUUUAAAGACGAAUUUGUGACUGCCGGAGGGGUUCCAAUUUCAGAGAUAUCACUUGGCACGAUGGAAAGCAAGAAACAGCCAAAUCUUUUCUUUGCUGGAGAGGUACUCAAUGUUGACGGGGUCACCGGUGGUUUCAACUUUCAGAACGCAUGGACUGGUGGGUACAUAGCUGGGACAAGCAUAGGCACGUUGGCAUUGACAAGCAACUAGAAGGAUCAUAGAAGCAAAUGGAUUGAGUGAUGAAGUAACUCCUUAGAUCAUCUGGGGGGAUGAUUCAGGGAUAUCACUAAUUUUGAGGAUAUCCAAGAUGACCAGGAUUAGGGAGCUACAUUUGCUAGUGAAUCAUAACUCUACUACUCUAGCCUAACAUGGGUUCCAUAUACAGUAGUUAGAGUCUAGGCAUACAAAUUGCAGUCUGGAAUGACAGUAGUUUCGAUCUAGUUCAACAAGUUGUGAAUUGUACUUGACCGAUCAGAAUGCACAUCGAAGUAUGUUCCUCUGUCUGAAUUGUCAACGUUCA